AUGGUGUGCUGCUGGUUCUGGCCAGCCGCCCCAGCCUCAUCCAACUCCAAGAAGAAGAAAGCCAAGGCCAAGGCAAAAGCCAAAGCCAACACCUCCGCGCCGCGUCGCCGACCCGCAUCCUACCCCUCGGGCGGCGCCGUCGCCGCCGAAAGCACACCGCUCCUGUCGCCCCGGGCCGCCGCCCCGUCUUCCCUCUACGGCGCCCCCCACGCCAUCACCACCCCCAGCAACAAACGCGUCCGCCUCGCCGGCCCGUCCAGCACCAACAACCACCACAGCACCUCGACAUGGUGGUCCGCCGGCAGUAACAACAACAACAACACCACCACCACCACCACCACCACCACCAACCCCCCCUCCAACAAGCGCCCCCGAACCAGCAAGCCCCACUCGUCCUCUUCCUCCUCUGCCGCCUACGCCACAACGUACUACCCAUCCCCAUCAUCAUCACAAUCACACCACCACCACGGCUACGGCUACAACCAUAACCACACCCCCACAACCCCCUCCAAGCUCCGCGGCCGCGGCAAGACCCGCGGCCCGCCCAAGCCGCACCCCGACCCCGCCCCCUGCGCCUCCUGCGCCCUGCACCACCCGGGCCACGCGCACCGCACGUCACACCACAGCCACAGCCAUCACUACCAAACGACGUCGACGUCGCCAUCGACGUCGGCACCGACGCCGAUGCCUACUCAUCGGUACAAUACGCGUUCGUCGGCGGCGGCGGCGGCGAGAGGAGGGGUAGGCGGAGCAGGAGGGGCAGGAGGAGGGUCACUAGGCGGAGGGUCACUAGGCGGCUUGUUCGCGUACGGCACGGGGCCGGUGUAUACGACGGGCACGACGGGCACGACAAGCACGACGGCCCAGCAGCAGCAGCAGCGACAGCAGCAGCGCCACCACCGCUCCUCCGCGCGACCGAACACGCAUGCGCGCCGCGCACACGGGGUGCCAGCGCCGGCGCCGCAGCCGCAGCAGCAGUACUAUCAGCCACAGCAGCAGUACUACCCUGGAUCAGCUGCGCCUCAUGUUGGGGAGCAGCAGCUGGGGGGCGACGCGUUUGCGGUGCGGGCGGCGACGAGCCGGGCGCUGGAGAGCGUGCGGAGGCAGGCGUUUGGGCGGGAGAGUGCUGCGGCGGCGAGGCCGAGUGCGCCGGUGGCGGGGGUGAGGAGGAGUGCUGGUGCUGGUGGGGGAGGGAGAAGGGGGAGGGGGUAUCCGCCGUAUGGGGGGUUGGAGAGGUGGUUGUAG